UCUAGUUUUCAACAUAGACGACGUAACAAUGUUCAAUUCGCGGAUAAUUGGUCUGUUAUUCGUAGUGGGCUUCGUUACAUCGCAAGCUCCUCCUUCGUUUGACAAAUCUUGUAUGGAACUAAAAACUACCAAAAGAGCCGAUGAUUGCUGCAUGAUUCCAGGGGCAUUUGAUGUAGCGCUUCAGAAACGAUGUUUCGAUGAAAUUAAGCUGACGAAAGUGGCAUCAGAAGAUAUUAAGUGUUUAGCAGAGUGCAUCGCCCGUGAGCUGGGUGCGUUCAAAAAUCGAACUUUGAUCAAGGAAAAUGCCCGGAAGGUGUUCGAGACCACAAUUGGCAGUGACGCCAACUUCAAACCUAUUUUGGGAGAUGUCUUUGAAAAAUGUUACACUAAGGUUGCUGAACUCAUUGCGCGCAAUGACAACAAAAAUGCCACCUGUCACUUUGCACCCGACUUUCUAAUGAACUGCGUUGAAUCAGGACUGUUCGAGAAUUGUCCAGCUGCAUUAUGGAACAAAGACGCAGGAUGCGUUGAACUUAAGGAAAAGCUCAAGAAUGGUUGUCCAUUCUUGACAAUUUCGGAUAGCUAAACCUCCAUCAUCAAUCGGAGAAAUUCAGUCGUCCUUUUACUUAACAUGAGUUACAGCCUAAAAAUAUAUAUGUUUCAACAAUUCA